UAUCGUUAUAUUAUCUCGAUUUUACACAUCACUGAAUUUUCAAAAUGCGCAAACAACUACUUCGUUUCCAAAAACUUUAAACACACCGCAAAACCACAAAUUUUUUUGCGACUAAAAACAAAAGUUCUCACAUAACCUUGCUUUAAUGUAAACAUAACCUUAUCACGAGAAGUUGAAGCGUUAAUUUACAUCAGUUAUCGAAUCCACAAACGUAAUCAAUUAGUGCCUAUAAUAACAUAAGUGUGAAAAAUGACCGAUAAAUUGUACCCAAAUGCCUCAUCCUACGGCAGCAUUAACAACGUAUACAACAGGGCCCCUUGUGCCAAACAACCUCUGGAAACAAAUCAGCAGUACUACUCGUACAACAUGCCAAUCAACAACAACUACAACCAGUUAGAAGCUUUCAACAUGUUGUCGCCCCAAAAUUGCCACAAAAACCAAAGUGUGUGUAUGUUUCCAGAAACAAUGACCUGGGAUAAUCGAAUCUGUGAAGACGCCUUAAAAAUUCCCGAUAAAAUCGAGAUGAUAGAAAUCACAAGCAAGGAUCUGAGUCCGGCCAGUUAUUGCAGUAAUUUAGAUUUAUUGAUGCCAGAUUUUUAUAAAACUUUGGGAAAGGACUUGAAUUAUUUUAAUAAGUACGAUGGGCCGUAUAAUAACUUCAACACCAACCAGAAAAUAGUGGAUUAUCCUUCGUGUGCCCAGAGUAGUCAAGUGGUGGGUACCCAAAUUGAUAAAACAGUGAAAUAUUGCAGUAUACAAAAUAUGCAAAAGUCGCAAGAUUUUGAUUAUAGUGGAUCUGCCUACACCGAACAGCCUUAUCCCUGUAAAUAUCUGGCAUCCACAAGUCAAGAUUUUUACAGUGGUUGUUAUGACAAUAAUAAAUUGUUGGAGCCUUUACAAAACCAAUAUUUUGAUUUACCUGCUGAUACUUUUCAGCCCAUUGAUCAACAAACUGAAGGUUCUAAUGAUGAAAGUGAUAUAAUAGUGGAAGAAUCGGAUGAUGAAAUUGCUGACUGUGUGGAAUAUGAUAGUAAAAAAAUCCCGUCAGAGUCCAACAGAUGCAUUAUUUGCAAUGUGUCAUACACUCCUUUAGGAACUCAGUUUUAUUUUUUGACUCUCAAGAGCCCGUUAACCAUGUCUUCACAGAAACCAGUUUUUACUAAAAUUGUGAGUAUUGUGGGAAAAGUCACCAAUGAAAUCAACUACUUGUGUAGUGAAUGUUUGGGUCUUAUUAACACAAUAGAUCACCUCCAAUUUAAACUGAACAAUUUCAAUGCGGAAUUAUUGAUGAAAUUCCAGAAGACUUGUCAAGACAAUAACAUAAUUUACAGUAAAAACUCGUUAAAGAAAGUUAGAUUUAAAACUCAGCAGAGUCAUCGGAUGAGGUGCAAACUGUGUAAAAAGGUGUUGUCCAUGCAGGAACUGUGCAAACGUCACUUAAAAAGACACAAAUCUAAAGGAUUUUUGUGUGAAUUGUGUGGUACAAUCUCGCGAAAUCGGCGCCAGUUCAAGUUACAUUAUCAGAAACAUAAGAAAAAGCACCCCAAAAUUAAGUGUUUUGUGUGUACAAAUUGCCCCAAAACAUUCAGGACUAAGUCAAAUUUAGUAGAACACGAAAACUAUUGUUUGGGACUUCUUCCAUAUUGCUGCAAAUUCUGUGAUAAAAAAUUCCCGUCAACCACAAAACUGAAAAAUCACGUCAAGUUAAAGCACGACAAGAAGUUUGUAGCGAUUUGUUCGAUUUGCAACAUCGGUUUCGUUAAAUUAUCCGACUAUAAAUCACACAAAAUCAGUCAUAGCACUGAUAAAAAAUUCGCUUGUAGCAAGUGUGACAAGACCUACAAAACCUUGAGUAAUUUAAAUUUCCAUAUGAAGGUCCACAAUAAUAAAUUACCAUUUAUAUGCUCCAUCUGUGAUAGAGGUUUCAUGCGAAAAGAAUAUUUAGAAGCGCACGUUAACAACCACAACGGAGUCAAAAACUUUUCGUGUAGUGUGUGUGAUAAAAAGUUUGUUUCACAGAAAAAUUUAGACUCGCAUUUGAAGUAUCACGACGGCUCGACUAAAACCAACACGUGUAACAUGUGCGGGAAAGUGAUGACGACCGGUUUUGAGGAACAUUUACGAAUCCAUAACAACUUAAGAGAGUUUGAGUGUGACCAAUGCGAUAGUCGGUUCAAUACCAAAGGGACUCUCGCCAAACACAAGAAACGUAAACACGCCAGUCAAUAAAACCAUUUGCAACCUAAAA